UGACUAUCCUAAGCUCCCUAACAAGUCUCUUCACGAGAGAGACCCCUGGUACCAGUGGGACCAGCCGGACAUGAGGCGUAACUGGGGAGAGCCGAUGCACUGGGACUUUGACAUGUAUAUUCGGAACCGUGUGGAUACAUCCCCUACUCCAGUUCCCUGGCACACCAUGCGCAAACACUUCCUUGUCUUUUUGAGUACCAUGCUGAUCAUGUUUGGUCUUGGAGAGAUCUAUCCAUCUUACAGGCCUGUGGGACCGAAGCAAUAUCCCUUCAAUGACCUGUAUCUGGAGAGAGGAGGAGACCCCAGUAAAGAGCCACCAGUGGUGACGCACUAUGAAAUCUGAAAGUUGAAGUGCUGUGUUUCUCCUACGUCAGCUCUGCUGGGGGUGGCGUCUUCUCUAGUGUUCACCGUGGCGUAUGUUAGCGCUUGUUCUGCAAUGUUCAGCCACUAACUGCAAUGAAAUACACUGAUGAUGCCUA